GACUAGAAAAUGGAGAAUUGAACGGCACAGGCUUAAUCUGAUCGUUUGCAACCCUCCCUUCCAAAGGGAGACAGACAGAAUUGACAUGAUGUGGGUUAGUAAUUAACCUCAGCACAUGUUAGCAGAGUGGUUAAGUAGUGUUGUGUUAAUGCUAAUGGGGAAAGAUUUGUCCUAUUCUAUUCAUGCAAAAUGCCUAAUGGAUUAACUUAAUGAAACACUCUCCAGGGUAGAAUGAAAUGUUAACUUUCCAUAUGUCGGUGUAUUUUUUCCACGGGUGUUUUAAGCAUCCCUGGGGUUGGAUUUACUGUCUCACAGAGGAGAGGGGCGGGGUCAGAUUACCUGCACACUCCUCCCCUGACAGCAGGUUAUUAAACGCUCUCUCGGAGUCAACUCUAAUUGAGAUCUCUCCACGCCUUGCUGCCGGGCGCUUUGAAAACCGAAGAAGUCCUGCUGCACAAAGGUGUCAAACACCCACUUGAUGGACUUCAGGGCUUAGAUGGGCUUCAUGUUGGCGUUACACGCUUUAAGUAGAGAACCCGGUUCUCUGUAUUUAAAAAAAACGCACCCCGGUACAGUCUAAACCACAACAGUCUGCGCUGAAGGUUAUCUUUUGGUGGCCCACUCUUGUAUCCUCGGGAGUUCGCUGUGCAGUGCAAUGGAGAUAAAGGGAGCAGUGACACUCAGAGGAACGGCGGCUCCCCGACAAACUGAAGGCUUUCUUUUUCUGCUUUGCUUUCCUUGACUUUUAUUCCAGGAGGUUUGCUGCCCAUUGCACGUCACGAAGCUGACAGCUUUUUGCACCAAAUCAGAUCGCUCGUCGAGCUGCUCCGGGAGGCGUCACUGGUUUAGAUUAGAAACUCAGCACCACCCUGGGGCCACACUCCGAGGUCGGUUUAAAGGGCUGUAGGAGUUUAAAACCGAACGUGUGCGCCCGUCUCUGUGACUGACUGCCUGUACUGACCUCUCACUGUACUCUUCAGGAUGAACACAGUCCUCUCCUGCCAGGACCAGUCCUUUGUAGGAGACCACAGCUAUGAGUGCUCUUCCUCGCUCUCGACGUCAGCCUCUGUUGACAUUUCCAUGGAAACCUGGUACUCCCAAUGGCCGGGCUGUAUCCGGGACAACAGCACAGGCAGCCAGCAAGAAGCUCCGCCGCGAGAGUACUUCUCUAUCUUUGACACCUCUGCCCAGGAUGAUCUCAGAUGGACAGCCCAUUUAUCAUCUCAGCUCCAUAAAAACAAACAGCUCCAGGAGACACUUGAACAAAAGGAGGAAGAACUUGCCCGGCUCCACGAAGAAAACAGCAAGUUGAGGGAAUACCUGAACUCCACUUAUGUGAAAUCCCUGGAAGACAAGGCGAGGAAAUUGUUGACGCAAAAUACGCAGAAGAAAAGAGGGAUCUUUAAAGUUAAGAAGCGUUUGUUUGAGGAACAGGAGGAAGCUGACAUUUACUCGACAGACCCCACCUACUUCUCCAAGAGGGGACGGAGAGACUCAGCUCUCACAGACCGAGGUGGCUCGUACCCUGGCCAAGAGGAGCACUGUGUGCCUUGCGUCGACACUUGGGUAUUGAAGACUCUAGGAUUAAAAGAUGCCAACACCAUUGAUGAGAGUUCCACAGCUAACUACAGUGCCAUUGUCAGUGAGGUGUGCCCUGAUUACAGCAGGGAGGCUGACUACUGCGCGGAAAUCACCGCUCAGGGUCAAGACACUGCCGCCUUGAUGGAUGUUCACACCCCUUCUUGCCAGCUGGAGUCUUGCUGCAGUGCUGGGCUGGUCUCCGCCUCACCCUACUCCUUACUGCCUCCGUCCGGGGUGCCACCUUACCCCAAUAAAACGUGCGUGGCCUUUUCCACCUCCCUUAGCCCUCACCGCAAUGUCAAAACGCAUAGCUUCUGCCAAGGCCAGGCCUUUGUGCAGAGGGAUGGGGGAGGAGGCUGGAGGUUCACCUGGGUGCCCAGCCAGAGGGACUGAACACUCUCACACUCUACACAGUAUACCUGUGGGACAAUGCCCCCUGACUUCACAAACCAGUCGCCUCGAAGCAGACUCGAGGAAUUUGCGUGGAUAACUGAAACUGCAGCUUCAUUUGGACUCAAACCUGAAGUAUUGACUCCGGCCCAUAUCAUCGACUCUUUUAUUCUUCUCCAUAGAUGCCGCCAGACCUACUGAGUUCCUCUAGUGUUUCGUGUUUGUUGAUGUUGACUGCAAACUUAAGAUAGUGUGUUGUUUGCCCCAUGUUAGUUGGAGACUUCCUACAUCCCAAGUCCCUCAGGAAGUAGAUCAAAUGCCGUGAAGCAGCUGAAGCAUUUUGCUGUUCUCUGUGAUCCUAUUGGCUGACUUUUCUUGUUGCUAACCAGGCCCUUGGUAGAGAAAGGAACCCACAGCUUCACUCUGUCGGGCCUUGGAGGAUUAGCCAGCAACCCCUCUGAAGGGGCGAGACGUGGCCAAUCUCUCGUCCACUGAGAGCGAAUUACUCCACAGAGCGAGUGAGGCGGAGCGUCGCGGGAUAUGUCACGGCCAUUGCAGAGUGCAACCUGAGUGAAGCGGCUGUCUUGUGCAGAGCGACCGUCUGGGGCGAACCUCCCACCAUGGCGGGUGAGACCUCUCUCUCUGGGAAGAAGAGGUCAACCAACAUCAAGGGAAAGGUGGCACAGGCUCACCCUGACCACAAUGAUCAAGACUGUACCACAACCUGCAGAUCUAUAAUCUGCAGCAGAUGCAACCUGACGUUAAAUGGUGACUGGAUUCUCUUAAAAACUGACCUGGGUCCCAAUAGUGCAGGUUAUUUCCAUGUGCAGUACUGUGGAUUGCUGAGACUGGUGACAAUGUGCUGGGAUGGUUUACUCUGAAUUUGAGGGACAGCACAGAGACGCAGCCCAGUGGAACUGGGUUUGAACCUGAACCUUUCCUUAUGCCUGACCUGUGUGGCAUUUGUGCCAUCUCCCAGUGACUGUGCAGGCCUUCCCGGUCUCCUUCCACUUCCCCAAGAUAUGUUAAUAAUAUGUAAUGGCUAGGUUAAUAACCGACUGGAAAUUGCCCCUAACAAGUAGAAUCUGUGGGGAAUUGGAGGGUAAUAACUUGGAACCUGCUCCGCCCAUUUGCUCCCAAGCGACCAAUUACUCUACCAACCUGUAAGGUAUGGAUUGAGGGAAGAAACUCAUCCGUCACGGGGAGAAUUCUAACAUACAGUGGUGGGAAGUGAUCCCGGGUCAAUUACACAAACCACAACUUUACCGCGCCACUACUUUUGAGCAGGAUUGUGAAGUCCUAUUCCAUUUAAAUUCAUCUCUUUCCUACCCUGAAUAUUCCCAUGUCAGUGAUUUCUACAUUCAUACUACUUGGUGGAAAUGUGCAUCCUCUCCAUUUCUGCUCCGUCCAGGCCUCGAUCAAAAUCCCACCUUGUUUGAAGGAAACACUUCCUUUCAACAGAAAAGUGCCCCAGCUUGGUCAGAUGUUUCUGAACACUAAUUUCUGGUCAUCCUCAUAAGAUUUUUCUGCAUCUUCUCUAAAAUAUCUAUAACCUUUUAUCUCUGAAUAUUCAUGAGUUCAUCCUGAAGAACACAAGAUAAGAUAUAGAGGCAGAAUUAGGCCAUUCAGCCCAUUGAGUCUGCUCUACCACUGAAAAAUAUUUUUAACCCCAUUCUCCUGCCUUCUUCCCUUAACCCUUAACCCAUGCUUACCAACCACAAAUUCAUCAAUCUCUGCCUUAUCCAAUAUAUUUAAUUUAAUUAAUAUCCAUAAAUAUCUAAUGCCUUGAUUUUCACUGCCCUUCCUGACAACAAAUUCCACAAAUUCACCAUCCUCUGGUUAAAGAAAUCAGUCUUUAUUACUGUUCUUAAGGGACAUGCCUUUAUUCUGAGCCUGUGCCUUCAGGUCUGUGAUUCUCCCACGGCAGAAAACAUCCUCUCCCUGUCCACUCAAUCCAGGCCCUUCAGUAUUCCGUGAAAUCCGUCCCACACCCAUCCUUUUAAACUCCAUUGAGUGCAGGCCCGGAGACAUAAAGCACUCAUCCUAUUUUAAGCCUUUCAUUCCGGGAAUCAUUCUUGUGUACCUCCUCUGGACCCUCUCCAGGGCCAGCACAACUUUCCUUAAAAAAUACGGGGCCCACAUUUGUUCACAGAAUGGCAAAUGCUGUCAGGCCAAGGGCUUAUACCUCUCAGCAGUGCAUGCUUGGUUUGAAAUGACUGAAUUUACCUUCCUCACUACUGACUCAACCUGUAAAUUAAUAUUACAAAAAUCUUGAUCUAAAACUCCCAACUCCCUUUGAAGCUCCUGUUGAUGAAUGUUCUCCCCUUUUAGAAAAUAGUCUACACAUUUAUUCUUCCUACCAAACUGCAGUCAGUGGCCACUUUAUUAGGCACACCAGUUCGUUAAUGCAAAUACCUAAUCAGCUAAUUGUGUGGCAGCAAUCAAAACAUUAACUUAUGCUGACAUGGUCAAGAGGUUCAGUUGUUGUUCAGACCAAACAUUAGAAUGGGGAAGAAAUGUGAAGUAACUGACUUUGGCUGUGGAAUGAUUGCUGGUGCCAGAUGGGGUGGUUUGAGUAUCUCAGAAACUGCUGAUCUCCUGGGAUUUUCUUGCACAACAGUAUCCAGAGUUUGAAAAAAAAAGAAAACAAAAAAAAAAAUCCAGCAAGUAUGAGUUCUCUGGGUAAAAACACCUUGUUAAUGAGAGAGGUCAGAGAAGAAUGGUUCAGGUACGGAAGGUACCUCAUAAGGUGGCCACUGAUUGCAGAAUUCCAUCUGCCACUUCUUUGUCCACUCUCCUAACAUGUCCAAGUCCUUCUGCAGACUCCCUGUCUCCUAAACGCUCUUGGUUCUCCCACCUAUCUUGUCCCCAUGUCCUCCAUACCACUGCUCCUUCAUCCAUUUAAUUACUCUUUGUCCAUGUGCAUCACUUCCCAGCAUGUGGACAUUAGUGGUGGUGCCAGAAUUUAUUGUCCAACCCUUGUUAAUAUAAUGUCUGCAGGAAGAAACCUUUUCUGGUAUUAUGUGGCGCCGGGUCCCAUAAUUCUGUACAGAGUCUUCAUUCUUGCUUUUAUUACCUCUCUGAAUGAUGCAUUCACUGGGUAAUUGUGUGUAAUUAAAUUCUAACACUAAUCCUUCUUAAAAAGAUUAACAAAGGAUGUUUCAAAGGUUUCCUGAAAACCAAUGUUGGGUGUACAAAUAGAACAUGGCAUAGCACAGAGCAGACCAUUCGGCCCACUGUGAUGAUUGAGAUGAUGCCAACUUGGACUAAUCCCCCCUGACUGCACAUAGCCUCAUCUCCCAUCCUAUCCUGUCUGAAAGCCUCUGGAAUCCCACUGUCGCAUCUGCUUCCACACCAAUAAGUUCCACUCUUAAAACAAAAUGUGUCUUGCAAAUCUCUCUUCAACUUUCCCCUGCUCUCACCUUUAAUACGUGCCUUCUAGUAUCAGUUGUUUUGAUUCUGGACAGAAACCGUCUACCCUACCUGUGUCUCUCUUAAUUUUAUAGACUAAUGAAUGUCAGUGAAGAGGAGAUCAUUUGACAGCAGGGUUGUGUCAUUAAAGAUGCAGUAACAGGCCCUCCCAGGCCCAACGAGCCUGCACUGCCUAAUUACACCCAUGUGACCAAUUAACCUAUGUCUUUGGAAUGUGGGAGGAAACUGGAGCACCCAGAGGAAACCCCCAGGGAAUACGUGCCAUGGUAGCGUUGGAGUUUGGAGCUAAAUUCUGGUGUCGCCUGUAAGGAGUUUGUACGUCCUUCCCUGAGUCUGUGGAUUCCCUCUGGCAUCCCAGCACGGCAUCAGCAUGGGAACGGCGUCCCAGAGCAAAGUCACUCUGGGAAUGGCUUCCCGGUAUGAUUUUCACAUUUUCAUUAAUAAAUGGGUGUUGUAAGUAAGUGAGAGAAGAAAUGUUAUUUCCUGAUGUUUAGUGUUGAAGUAUGUCCCCAUAAAUAUUGAUUUUAACUAAUUAAUUUUACUAAUGGUUAAGGCUACUUUGUAAAGUCAUAUCUCUGGAGAUGGGGCUAGAGAUAUUAGUGUUGUUAAGGAUCUCACUUGGGUACACUGCCAAAGCUGAUCAUUUCUGUAUUCAGGGGAUGGUUCUCACCACAGUGUUGGUGAGAACUCCAUUAAUGUUUGCUAAAUGCCAUCGCUGCCAGAGGAUUUUCUGAGUGAAAUGUUUACCCUAAUGCCUCAAUGUCCCCGAGCACUUGUGGAACCCACUCAGUAUUCUACAGUAGAGUUAUUUAUGAUCAGGAAGCCAUUUUGAGUGCAGUCAGAUACCAUAGGAGAGGACUUCCUUGCUCUUUGCCUUUGUGAAUUUCCUGUCCUCUUGUUAAGGGCACUCUCUACAUCCAGCCUCUCUGUGUUCGUGUCUGGACUGGGGCUCGAACUCCCAACCUUUGCACUGAGUGGCAAGAACGCUGUCCAUUGAGCCAGAGGCAUCGCUAAUCGGCUGGAUUGCUGCCGGAGCCAAUAAAUUGUUGAGAGCUGGUGAGGAGCAUCGGUAAGUAGUCUCCACGUCCUGACUCAUCCUGCCUGGUUUCUCCUCCUUGGUAUCUGUGAUGACACAUGUAAUGAGACAUUUUCCCCAACUCUGCAAUUCCCCCCACCGAUGUCCCCCUCUGGGAGGAGUGGAGAUGGCUCACCACUUCCUUUACGGAGGGAUUUCACUCUCUCCUGAUCACCGGUCCCACCAAUCUAACACGGGCAGAUCAAAGCUGUAGAAAUUCUAACCACGAAACUAACAAUUGUAUAUAAUUGUGUAUUUUGUACAGUUUUUAACAUUUUGGUGCGAAUUAACAGUGUUUUUUUAACAGAUUGUGCCAACGUUUUUGACAAUUUAACUGUAGUUGGAUUUUUUUUGUACAUUGUUGUUCAGUUUUGUUCUGUCUGAAACCUAAAGGAAAUUAAAAAGACUAAUAGUGUUUUGUAUUUGGAUAUCGAUUCUAAAUAAAGAUUGAAACUGAAUUGA